AUGACAACGACGGCAAAGAAGCCCGAGGUGGUGCUGCGGAGCACCAAGCCGCCGACUGCCAAUGAGGCGACCGUGCUCAACAAGUUCUCGCGCGAGGUCACGCAGAGCCCAGAGCGAGGAGGGGCGCAGGCAAUGUUGCAUGCCGUGGGCCUCAGCGUCGACGACCUCAACAAGGCCCAAGUGGGAAUCUCUUCCGUCUGGUGGGAGGGCAAUCCCUGCAACAGUCACCUUCUUGAGCUUGGCAGAGACGUAAAGGAAGGCUGCAAGGCAGCCGGGCUCGUUGGCCUCCAAUUCAACACCAUUGGUAUCUCCGACGCCAUCACAAUGGGCGGGCAAGGCAUGCGGUUCUCGCUGCCCUCGCGCGACAUUAUCGCCGACUCCAUCGAGAGCGUCAUGGUUGGCCAGAGCUACGAUGCCAACGUCUCCAUCGUCGGCUGUGAUAAGAACCCGCCGGGUGCACUGAUGGCUGCGAUGCGCUACAACCGCCCUUGUCUCCUCGUUUGGGGAGGAACCAUCAUGCCGGGCUUUCACCAGCGCGACAUCCCCCACAUGGAUCGCAAGGCCGGCGACAAGUGCCAGAUCUCCGACAACUUUGAGGCCAGCGGAGCGUACAUCACCGGCAAAAUUACAAACGAAGAGAGGCUCGAUAUUGUUCGCAACUCUUGUCCUGGACCGGGCGCCUGCGGCGGAAUGUACACGGCCAACACCAUGGCCAGCUUUCUCGAGGUCACGGGCAUGUGUCUGCCCGGCACAUCGGCCACGCCUGCCAUUCAUCCGGCCAAGCGGCAGGAGUGCCUCCGUGUCGGCGCUGCGGUGCGGAGGAUGCUCGAACUCGACAUCAAGCCUCGAGACAUUCUCACGAAGAAAGCAUUUGAGAAUGCCAUUGUCCUCAUCAACGUCCUCGGCGGAAGCACAAAUGCCGUGCUUCAUCUCCUCGCCAUUGCCCGCUGCGGUGACGUGGAUCUAACAAUUGACGACUUCCAAAGAAUUGCAGACAAGACGCCAUUUCUGGCCGACAUGAAGCCGUCCGGAAAGUACCUGAUGGAAGACCUCUUUCGGGCUGGCGGACUGCUGCCUUUGAUCAGAUAUCUGGCAGACAGGGGAAUGCUCCACCUCGAUGUCAUGACGUGCACCGGAAAGACGCUCGGAGAAAACUUGGCCGAUGUGGAACCGCUCCGAUUCGACAAUCAGGACAUCAUUCUUCCGCUCGAGCGGCCCCUUAAACCCAUUGGCCACCUGACGAUCAUGCGAGGCAGUCUGUGUCCUGGAGGUGCAGUUUCCAAGCUGACGGGCAAAGAAGGCCUCUUCUUCAAAGGUCCCGCCGUGUGCUUCGACGAAGAGCGAGGCGUCAACGAGGCAAUUCGCGACGGCCGCAUCGGCCACGGCUGCGUCGUCGUCAUUCGUUACGUCGGCCCCAGGGGUGCGCCGGGCAUGCCCGAGAUGCUGGCGCCCACAGCGGCCAUCAUGGGCGCGGGCCUCGGCAAGACAACGGCCCUCAUCACUGACGGACGCUUCUCAGGCGCCUCGCACGGCUUCUGCACGGGCCAUGUCGUGCCCGAAGCAGCGGACGGAGGACCUAUCGCCCUUGUUUGCGACGGGGACAUUGUCACAAUCGAUGCCGCCACUCGUCAGAUCAAUCUGCACGUCGAUGAGGCUACUCUCAACAGCCGGAGGCGAGAGUGGGAAAAGAGUGGCAAGAACCAGCUGCGAGUCAAGCGGGGUGCCUUGGCAAAGUACGCGAGGCUGGUCCACAACGCUUCUGAGGGAGCCAUUACGGACCUGUUUUGA